AUGGCGCCCAAAUCUACUGUUGGAAACGAAAAACUACUCGAUGAUCAAGCUGAAGUCUUGCAAGCUGUAAUUCUCGCUGACAGCUUCAAUAAGAGAUUUAGACCAUUGACGACGCGGAAACCUCGAUGUCUUCUUCCGAUCUGCAAUGCGCCUUUACUGGAUUGGACAUUCGAAAGCCUUGCGCUUGCAGGUGUACAAGAGAUAUUCGUAAUCUGUCGCUCACAUCCUGAACAAAUCAAAGCCAAAAUCGCUGAAUCGCGAUGGUCAAAACCAGGCUCAGGUAUCAAAAUUGUACCUAUUCUAACUGCAAAAGAGACGUUCUCCCCAGGAGAUGCCAUGCGCGACAUAUACACUCGCGGGUUGGUAACGGGUGAUUUUGUCUUGGUUAUGGGUGAUUUAGUGAGCAACAUACGGAUAGACGAGGUUGUGAAGGUGCACAAGGAGCGACGGAAAACGAACAAGGAUGCCAUAAUGACCAUGGUCGUCAAAGAAAGUGGAGCCAAGCACCGGACGAGGUCAAAAGCUGAUUCUGCUGUGUUUGUUUUGGACUCUGAAACUUCUGAAUGUCUCCACUUUGAAUCUAUGAUGGGUUACCCACCAUCCACCAUCGCCAGUAUCCCUCGUGAAAUUCUAGCAACACAUCCGGAUGUCGAGAUACGCAACGAUUUUAUUGAUUGCUCGAUCGAUAUAUGCUCCGUUGAGGUUCCUUCCUUGUUCCAGGACAAUUUCGAUUACCUCGAUAUUCGUCGAGAUUUCGUUCACGGGGUUCUUACCUCGGACUUACUGAUGAAAAACAUCUAUUGCUAUGUCGCAAAAGAAGGGUAUGCUGCCCGUGUGCAGGAUACGAAAAGCUAUGAAUCGAUCAGCAAAGAUAUCUUGUCACGGUGGACUUUUCCUCUUGUACCCGAUAACAAUCAUCCAGCUGGGCAUUUAUAUGAACAUAUACGAGGUAAUAAAUACAUCGACAAAGACGGAACUGUGAUUCUCGCUCGAACAAGUACUGUCGGGAACAAGUGCCUUAUCGGAUCUUCUACAAGGGUUUCUGAUAAUGCACAGAUAAUCUCAUCCGUUGUUGGACGUGACUGCUUCAUUGGUGCAGGUGCCAUAAUCGACAACUCGUACAUUUUCAGUGGGACAAGAAUUGGGCCUGGUUGUGUGAUUGAACGAAGUAUAAUUGGAUCCAACGUGGACAUAAAGGAGAACACACGUAUUGACAGAGGGUCACUUGUUGGUGACGGCGUGAUAAUAGGACCCAAUGCCCAUCUGAAGGCAUUUGGGAGGCUAUCAAAGAAGCGCGAAACCAAGACUACUGGCGAUGAGAGCGACGCAGAUGAAUAUGCUGAUUCUGAGGAGGAAGAAGUAGAAAGUGCUCAGGACUCAAUCACAGUUGACUUGGGAACUGCAUCAAACGCAAUAGUGUGGCCACCGAAUGCUCCUGAUGAGGACGAAGAUAGCGAGGAUGUCGAGAAUGUGAAAAAUCAACGAUUUAUGCGGUUAGGUGAUAGCGCCUCGGACUUGGCUUUCUCGGACCCAGGUUCUGAAUCGUCGGGCGAAGAGAGCGAAUCUUCGGAUGAGGACAGUGAUUUCGACAGACACCUUGAUAAUUUACCUACUUCGUCUGCAACGUCCUUGUCUCUGGAUCCAAAUGGUUCUUCAACGGAUGCCAUUGCCGAGUCUGAAUUUAGGAAUGAGGUCAGACUGUCGCUAGAGCGUGCAUUCACAGAAGGGCACUCUGUCGAUAAUGCUGCUGUUGAACUCAAAACACUCCGUAUGGCUAGCAACGUUCCUCUUUCUCGUGUUCGGGAAUCCGUAGUGUCUGCCAUCGUGGAGAAAAUCAAAAUUAUAGACGGCGGUGGGGUCGCUCAACGUCAGGAAAUAGCUAAUGUCGUCUCUCGCUGGGGACCUCUCAUUAACAAGAUUGGUGGGGUGGACAUGGUGGAAACAAUUACUGCUCUCCAGACCCACUGUGCAUCGUCCGAGCGCUUGCCACUGUUUGGCCAAAUCUUGGCAGCGUUAUACCAAGAUGAUAUCAUUGAGGAGGACGACAUCAGGGAAUGGCAUCAAGCUGCGACAUCACAAGGGUUAGGCCUAUCACCUAGUGUUCGGACUGACAACAUAAAAAGGUGCUGGGAAAUCGGGUCUCAUAUGAUUCAACAGUUUAACGAGCAGGCUGAUGACUCUGAUGAAUCAGAAGAGGAGGAAGGGGAGGGAACCGAAGAUGAAGACGAAGAGGGUGAAGAGGAGGGUGAUAACAGUGUAGAUGAGGACGAUGAGGAAGAAGAUGAAGAAGACGAAGAAAACGAAUAG